UAUAUGGACAGGUCAUAUGUGAUGGGAAAGAGGCCAGAUCUAUAUACUGGUCUUAGCUAUAUUUUUCUAUUGAUAUUCAUAACUGUGACUCUCUUCCCAUGCGUUGCGUAAUUUUUAAUCAAUCCUUGCAUCGUGGAAUCGUAGGAACUAAAGUUCCGCCUUACAUCAUUUCUCUAUGAAAUGGAUUUUGUAAUGAUAGUAUGUCCUCAUUUCGGCUGAAUAAAUCUGGCGCAUUUUCGAUCAGUUAUGCGCCUUGAAAAUUGGAACAAAGUCAUAUUUAAAUAAUAUAAGCUGCAAUAAAUCAUUGUUUACGUCAUGGACUUUGAUGACUAUGAACAUUUGCCCAAUUCAUCUAUGAGUACUCACAUGGUUGCUGGAGCAUUCGCGGGAAUCAUGGAACAUUGUGUUAUGUAUCCGCUUGAUUCCGUGAAAACUCGUAUGCAAUCUCUAAAACCAAGUCCUGAAGCAAAAUAUCGUAGUAUAACAGAGGCCUUAUUCAAAAUGAUUCGUAAUGAAGGCGUACUGCGUCCUGUUCGUGGCAUGUCUGCUGUUGUUGUUGGUGCGGGUCCUGCACAUGCAUUAUAUUUUUCAACAUAUGAAAAAAUGAAACGUUUUCUUAGUGGUACUCCACAUGGUAAUGGGAAUGCAUUAACACAAGGGCUAGCUGGUGCUACAUCAACAUUAAUUCAUGAUGCUAUCAUGAAUCCAUGUGAUGUUGUCAAGCAAAGAAUGCAGAUGUAUAAUAGCCCUUACAAAACAUGUUCCGAGUGCUUCUCUAAAGUAUGGAAAGCAGAAGGAGUUCGAGCAUUUUAUCGCAGUUAUACUACCCAGCUCACCAUGAAUAUACCUUUCCAAAGCAUUCAUUUUAUAACAUAUGAAUUUUGUCAAGAUUUAACUAAUAAUCAAAGGAAUUACAAUCCUCUGGCACAUGUUACUUCUGGGGCCAUAUCAGGAGCUUUUGCUGCUGCAGUUACAACACCUUUGGAUGUUUGUAAGACUCUUUUAAAUACCCAAGAGCAAAAAGCUUUACAGUUUACUAAGCAGGCACAUAUUAGUGGACUUAAAAAUGCUAUUGUAACAAUAUAUAGGUUCAGUGGGCCUAAAGGUUAUUUUCGUGGUUUACAAGCUAGAGUCCUUUAUCAAGUGCCUUCAACUGCAAUUGCAUGGUCUGUGUAUGAGUUUUUCAAACAUGCACUUGUGUUAAAACAGCAUCGUCAGCAUACCUAUAAAUCGGAACAUAGUGCAUUAAUUGCACAUGCUAGUUCCAUAGAAAAUCAGCAUUCAUCUGCUCAUCCCAUAGCAGGGUUAACAGUAGUUUACAGUGACUGAAUAUGAUAGGGUUAUACAUAUUGAAAAAUAAAAAAAUCUAACUGGAAAUCAAAAACACUUUGAUUUAGCAUCUUCACCUUGAAGAACUAUUCAUCUUAUAUUUGGAAGAAAUUGCUACUGGCAGCUUCUAGCAGAUUUGUAAACUGAUGCAAGGUUCACAUUAAAUUUUUUAGUUUUGCCGGAAGAAACUUUUUCAUUAACUUGUCCUUGAUAUGUUAUUUUGUAUGUUGCUGAUGAGAAGAUUUUCAAAGUAAGUUUCUAUUUUGAUGUAUGAAGAAUGUUAAUAUAGGAAGAAUGAAUUUCUGAUCUUAAAUUUCUGGUAUGUAAUUUGAAAGAUCCCCCUUUCCCCGGUAGCAUUUAAAACUUAAAUAAUCAUCAGCCAUAAAUUAUGUGUUCAUAUUGUAAUUUAGGAAACAGAAACAACACAUUUUUGCAGCAUUGUGUACUGUUUGCACCUGCUUUGUACUCUUUUCCUCUUUUGCUUAUUAAAAUAAAACAAUAUAUGCUGUAAAUUACUGUGGAAGAAUGUUGAAUUCUCUAAGUAACGUAUCUGUGGUAUUAAUUAUGCUUUCUGACCAUUCAUUGAAGAGUGCUUUAUCACUAUUUGGGACAAACGGAAAAAACUGCUGUUUAUUUGUGCAUGUAUACUCUAAAAUGCAAAAUAAUUCUCUCUUAUAUUGUUCAUUUGUUUAUAUAUGAGGUAUUUGCCAGUUUGUUGUAUUUAUGCAUGCUUUCAUCCUUACAUAUUGAAUGAAGAAUUUACAUGCAAUUCUUAUUAAACAUUUAAUCAACUUUACUUUGAAAAUCUUUUCUUGUAGUCAGACCCGGUUUUUUCUCUACAGUUGAAUAUAUAUAUAUAAAAAAAAGUAACAAAUUGAUGAAAUUAAAAAAUUUCCUGCCAAACUAUGUGAUAUCUGCUUUGAACUAUACACUUGUUGAAGUUUUGUUUCAAUAAAAUUUUUGAUGUUUUAACAUUUUAGAGACAGGAAAUACAUAUUUGCCUUCUUUUAUUUUAUUGAUAAUAUUAAACAUUUUAAACUACCUUUUCAAUUUAAUUUAACGCUUUGGAAAAUAUAUUUAGUUAUGUUAAAAAUGUUCCUGUAUUUAAUUAUAGUAAUUGUCUUGCACUUAAUUAUAUUUAAAAUAACUAUAAAUUAAAAUAAUAAAAAGGAAGCUAAAGUAAUUAUAUUUUUAAGUUUAGAUACUUUAUUUUUUUAUAUUAAGAAUAAUAAAAAAAAAUUACAUAUAAAAUUAGAAACUUUUUCAUUCCAUUGAUUCAUAAGCUACAGAUGAAAUAUUUUAAUACAGUAUAUGGUAUAAUAAUUAGAACAGUGAGAUGUAACUAGUCAGGUAAACAAAAUCAAAUCAUUUAAAAUGAAAGUUACUGAUCAUUCCAAUUCUUUUUAAUAUAUUAGUUCAUUGGAGGAUGAUAAAUUUGAUACUAUAAUUAUAGUAUGUUGCAAGGCAUCCCGAAUCAAUAUAAAAAUAACUUCAAUGUGUAUAAAUAAUUGAGGAUUAUUCAUAUCAUGUGUAUGUAAGAUGCCAUUUGUAAAGAAAAUUAGUUAUAUGCCAAAGUUGUGAUGAUAAAUUAUUGUAUGGAUAUGUGAUAAUUAUGUACUUUUUAAAAUGUUGGUGACUGAAAAAUUAUCUUAAGUACAUCAAACAUAUUUAUACUUUUAGGAGCUAAAGAAUUGUUUGGGAGAUCAUUUUCACUCACUGUUAAUAUAAAAUCUUUCAUUCCUUCAGUCAAGUUAUGUGACAUUUUAGAAAGCUCAUGCCAAAUUAUAAAGAUUUAUAAUUGUAGAACAACAUGCAAAAUAAACUAUAUAUUAAGUUUGUGA